AUGUACGAGGAUAUAAUGAUAAUGAUCGAGAACUUUGUCCCAUUUUUUUUGGUUUUUUGGAAAAUAUUAAUCGUGGCGGUAAAGAUAUAUUUACAAAUCAUGAAAUUUGGUUCUUUUUUUAUCGAGUGGUCAUAUCAAAAGCAGACAGAUCCGAAUGUAUUUACUAAUUGGAAUUUGGAUAAAUUUGUUAGUUUAAUUGAAAGUUUAAUUAAAGCGAAUGUUCAACCAAUCCUUAAUGAUGCAGAAGUUUUAAACAAGGAUAAUGUAAAAUUAAGAAACGUAAUGAAAUUGUAUUAUUUUUGGGAAAAUCUUGGAGAUAUUACAGCACGAUUUAAUGCGAAUCAUGAUGAAUCCUAUGUACCCUAUUGCCAUUUCAUCAACGAUUGUCUUGAUAUAUUUAAUGUUUACUACCCGGAAGUUUGUUCUGCUCAUUGGCCAGAAGAAACUAAACCUAAGAACAUAUGUAAAUUAUUCGAAGAUAUCAAAGAUGGAUAUAAGAAUCGGUUGUACCCAUAUAUUGAACGUAGGAAGGCUCUUAUUAAAGGUUAUGGAGAUGGUAUCUUCGAAUAUAGACUCCAGUGCAAGUUUAAUCAAAGGGAGUAUGGUAGUCGACCCAUUGAGAGUUUCUUCGCUCAACCCAAUUCAGGAUUUUUAACAGGGUUUAACAAGUUAAUUGUAAGCUCCUUUUCUAUGUUAGGAGUGCUUAUGUUUUUCUUCCUUUUGUAUAAGUUAACCCCAAUUAACAGAUUGUUCGGUUCCAAGGAGGCAGAAAGGACACGAAGAUGGAGGAGCUCGGUAUAUCAACGCACAGGAGAAUACACAGAUUACUAUGGAGAUCAAUUAGACAGUGUAUUCGGAACUGAGUACGGAAGUGAAAGCGGAACUAAUUUUGGAAGUGAAAGCGUAUCUAAUUUCGGAACUGAAACCGGAACUAAUUUCGGAAGUGAAAGCGUAUCUGAUUUCGGAACUGAAACCGGAACUAAUUUCGGAAGUGAAAGUGUAUCUGAUUUCGGAACCGAAAGAGGAUCAUCAUAUGGAAGACGACAGGGAUCUUCUUAUGGAGGAUAUUACGGGGAUGAUAACUCCUCGUACAUGUCUUAG